UAGGGCGGUGAGGUUGCCCGACUGCCUGGUUUGGCGUCCGGGCCUUGGAGGUAGAGGGGCGGCCCGUCCCAGGCCGCGAGUCUCCUCUCUACGGCUGCCCGCAGUCAUGUCCCUCAGGACCCGAGGACUCCCAGCUGGACUUGCUUAGAGAAGACGCGGCCACCCAGCAUUUGGGUCCCUUGCACGGUCGGCCGCUGGAGAAUCGCCGGGCCGAGCGGCCGGGAGAAGCAGGCCACAACCGUCGUCUAGGGCCUCGGCCCGGGGACCCGUGGAGGAUGAGCUGGCUCUUCCCCCUGACCAAGAGCGCCUCCUCCUCCGCAGCUGGGUCCCCCGGCGGCCUCACCAGCCUGCAACAGCAGAAGCAGCGCCUGAUCGAGUCCCUCCGGAGCUCCCACUCCAGUAUAGCUGAGAUACAGAAAGAUGUGGAAUACAGGUUGCCCUUCACCGUCAACAACCUGACAAUAAACAUUAAUAUAUUGCUUCCUCCACAAUUUCCUCAGGAAAAACCAGUGAUCAGUGUUUAUCCACCAAUACGACAUCAUUUAAUGGAUAAACAAGGAGUAUAUGUUACCUCUCCAUUAGUAAACAAUUUUACAAUGCACUCAGAUCUCGGGAAAAUUAUUCAGAGUCUGUUGGAUGAGUUUUGGAAGAAUCCUCCAGUUUUAGCUCCUACUUCAACGGCAUUUCCAUACCUGUACAGUAACCCAGGUGGGAUGCCUCCUUACGCUUCUCAGGGUUUUCCAUUUCUUCCUCCAUACCCCCCACAAGAGGCUAACAGGACUAUCAGUUCUUUAUCUGUUGCCGACACUGUUUCUUCGUCAACGACAAGUUACACAACAGCCAAACCCGCGGCUCCUUCAUUUGCUGUCCUUUCAAAUCUGCCGUUACCUGUUCCUACAACAGACACUUCAGCACAGAUAAACCAAAAUGGUUUUGGUUACAAGAUGCCAGAUGUCCCUGAUGCGUUUCCAGAACUCUCAGAACUAAGUGUGUCCCAGCUUACGGACAUGAACGAGCAGGAGGGGGUUUUACUGGAGCAGUUCCUGACUUUGCCGCAGCUGAAACAAGUUGUGAGUGACAAGGACGACCUAGUGAAAAGUAUUGAGGAGCUGGCAAGAAAAAACUUGCUUUUGGAGCCCAGCUUGGAAGCCAAAAGGCAAACUGUUCUAGAUAAGUACGAGCUGCUCACACAAAUGAAGUCGGCCUUUGAAAAGAAGAUGCAGAGGCAGCACGAGCUCAGCGAGAGCUGUAGUGCGAGUGCCCUACAGGCGAGAUUAAAAGUAGCUGCACACGAAGCCGAGGAAGAAUCCGAUAACAUUGCGGAAGACUUCUUGGAGGGAAAGACUGAAGUAGACGAUUUUCUGAGUAGCUUCAUGGAGAAGAGAACAAUUUGCCACUGCAGAAGAGCCAAGGAAGAGAAGCUGCAGCAGGCGAUAGCGACGCAUGGCCAGCUCCACGCUCCGCUGUAGGACUGACAGGCGGACCUUCCGGCAGCCCCACCCGAUGCCCUGGUUUCUCUGCUCUAGAACCUGCGCUGGGCCCCUACCGAUGGCAGCACCAUGUUGUUCUCUCUGGGUUUAGGUCUUCCGUAAUCCGACACCUGCUUGAGAUUAUCCAUUCUGACUUCCCAUAUUUUUCCCGAUGUCUCAUGUGUCACGUUCUUUUGUCUACCCCACGUUUCUGUUCAUGGUUUUUCUUGAUCUCAAGACAGUCUUCCCUUCCCUCUCCAUCCGUCUCAUUCAGGGAGUGAUUCGGCUGUAAGAACUAAUUCCCACCCCAACAAGCUUUAAGUAAAAAGCUGUGUUACUGGGUAACGCCGGGAUACAGACCAAGCCAAACACAAGAAAGUAGAGCUCAGUCACCUGGGAGAGAAAACACGACUAGCGGCUGCAGUGGUCAAGGCUGCUUCUCUGUCUCUCACACCCUUUCCCGGACGGCUGGUUUCUCAGUUCUGCAUCUGCUUUUCCUCUUCGGAGGGCCUUUCUUUACAGCGCCGCAUCUGCUUCGGCCGUCGCUGCCCACAGCCUGAUCUUAGCAGUUCAGGCAGCCAGAGGAGACUGACACGGGGCUCCCUGCAAGUCCCUGGGGAGGGGCCGGCCUGGACUGGGGGUGUCCGUCCUGACUCGGCAGUUCGGCUUCCUCUGCCCACUCGACUGGGCUGAAGGAGUGGACUUUGAGAAGGGAGCGCAGGGAGGUCCCUAAAAUGGGGAGCGGACUACGGGGAAGGAAGGAACAGGCACUUCUGUCUCCAGUUAAAGUCGUCUGCCCCUGCUCUCAGUCUCGUUGUGUUUAAGAUUAGUGCCAGUGUCGAACUGUUUAUAUCUUACUUUACAGAUCACACUGUCAGUCCCUGAGGGUACAGGUUGAUUUGGAGUAUUCAGUGUGUGUCUCUCAACGGGGCGAGAAGAAAAUGGGCACUGAGUCACUGCUUGUUGAUGUGAACAUGCUAGAACUCUUUCCCCUCCUCUUUUCCCUCAUGGUCACGUUACCCUUUUGUAAGUCAGUCUUAAUGGGAGGAGGAUGGAAAGGGAUGCAAAUUUACUAUCUUAAAUGAACUCUUAGGGUUUUUU